AUGGGAAAAGAAAAAAAGAGAACCUCAAACAAAGAAGAUCCAAUGAAAGGAUUUUUGCUACAAGAUUUGGUUGAAGUGAAAUUUAAGAAAGGAUCUACAUUGUUGCAGUAUAAAACCGACUUUCAUCAGGAAAGUUAUGCUUCAGUGGAUUUUUUGCAAAAGAAGUUUAAAAGAACUAUGCAGGAGCCUGAAGCCAUACCAGUUAGGGGAAUACCAAAACAAAAGAAAGAUGCAAUCAUCGCGGUGUUAGGACAAUUAAUGUCUAAAAAUCGGCUGGAAUUUGGGAAUAGUAUUAUAGAAAAUGACUCGGCUCAGGAUUUGGUAGACAGUCAAGGAACAGAAAAUAUUGAUUAA